CGACAUCCUGCCCGAGGGCGCGGUGCGGGCCGUCGAGUGGGCCGUCGAGCAAAAGGUCGACACCAUCUCCAUCAGCUGGGUGACCAAGUCGGUGGUGCCCGCUCUCAAAAUGGUCAUUGAGAAGGCCGCCAAGCACACGCUCAUCUUCUGCUCGACCGCCGACCGCGGCACCGGUUUGGGCCCGGCCUAUCCGGCCGAUUACGACGGCACCGUCCGCAUCUCGGCCACCGACAAGUAUGGUAACCUGAUGCCCGCGUCCGACAAGACGGGGUCCCACGCUAUCAACAUCCCCGUGCCCGGCGAGGACAUUCCCGCGCUCGGCCCCUCGUACAUGAGCGAGGGCAUCGCCUCCUUGACGCUUAUGAUGCUCCUGGUCUUUAAUGAUACCGACAAGGACGUGCUAAGAGUAAACGGCCUGUACACCAACAAUAAGGCCGCUAUCAGCCCCGGUGCGUAGGUCGACCCGCUGUUCUCCGUCGUCUUAAAGAUCAAGGAGCUGCCCGAGAAGUGGAACCUCGAUGCCAUCAUGGCUCGGCCCGGGAUGGAUGUGUGAAAUUGCUUGGCGUACUAUUAAUAGUUCUGUCACGGCGCGCAACGGCCGUAGCACACUAUAACCCACUACAGGUUGCAAGUCGUCGACUUGCAAUUCUGG